AUGGCACCGAACCUUGCUAAAUCUACUCUUGAGCUUAUCCAUGACAUGAUCAGCAGUGGUGAGCUAACUACCUCCCAGAUGGCUCAAGCUGCUGGCUGCAGCAAACGCGCAAUCCUCAGGAUCCGGUCCAAUCUGCGGCUUUUCCGUACCAUCAAAGCUCCUCCCAUCAAAGCUGGACGGCCGCGAAGCAGCACCCCGGUCAUAUUAGAGGCCUUGUGUGACCAUCUGCUUGAGAAACCGGAUUCAUACCUUUCUGAGAUGGAACUGUUCUUCCUAGAUGAAUUUGACGUAUCUAUUCCUAAAUCCACGAUCAGCGACGCCCUGCAUCGUAAAGGGUGGUCAAAGAAGAACGCUCGACAAAAAGCCAAAGAACGGAAUGCGGAUUUGCGUGAUGACUACAGUCAUCUAAUCUCGGAGUUUGGCUCAUACCAUCUGGUUUACGUGGAUGAAUCUGGGUGCGAUAAGUGGAUAGGGUUCAGACGCACCGGCUGGUCUCCUCUCGGUACGACACCGGUCCAAGUGUCUAAGUUCCAUCGUGAUCAGCGAUAUCAAAUUCUUCCUGCAUAUGCCCAAGAUGGUAUUGUUCUGUGUCGAGUCUUCCGAGGCUCAACUGAUACAUCCGUUUUCGAGGAUUUUAUUGAGCAGCUUCUCAAGCAUUGCGGGAAGUGGCCAGAACCAAAAUCCGUGAUAGUAAUGGAUAACGCAUCUUUUCAUCACUCCGAACGGAUCGAGCAGAUGUGUUCAGACGCGGGUGUGAAGCUAGUGUAUUUGCCUCCAUAUUCUCCAGAUUUGAAUCCGAUCGAGGAGUUCUUUGCUGAGCUGAAAGCCUUUAUUCGUCGGAAUUGGCAGUCUUACAAAGAUAAUCCGGACCAGGGAUUCAAAGCCUUCCUCGAAUGGUGUGUUGACACGGUUGGUGCAAGGGCGGAAAGCGCAGAGGGACACUUCCGGAAUGCAGGUCUGACCGUUGAGGAUAUAUAG